GACGCGGUGUCGCUUCCGGUGUCAACAUGGACGCCACCAUGGGUUUUUGUUUCGAGGACUCGGAUUUUGCGGAACCCACAUCUCGACUGAAGGGGACAGGGGAACCUUAUGUGGCCAAGCAGUGUGAGCCGCAGUGGUUCACAGAAGAAGUGGAUAGUGAAGAUUCCGUUGAGAUUGUCACCGCGCUGAAGUUCAGAGCAGAUAUGGCCUACAGACUGAAAGACUUUGAGAAAGCUCUUGGGGAUUAUUGCAGUUGUUUCCUGCUAUUGCCACCUACCAACACUGCAAUGAGAAGGGACGUCCAGGAAAGCCAGGCGCGCUGUUUAAUUAACCUGGGACGAUAUACAGAAGCUUUGGAGAUAGCCGAGAGUCUGGGAAAUGGUGUAUUUAACACCGACCACUUGACGUGUACCCUCAACCUACAAGUCGCCAUAUUGGAUCAUCUGGGGAACCUGCCAAAAGUCAUAUCUUGUUUGCAGCAGCUGAUUUCUUUACACCCAUUGAAUCCGUGGAUUUGGAAGAGACUGGCUGAAUUCUACACAAGGGCCCAUCUCGCUGCCUCCAAUCAGGCGACAGGAUCUGUGGAGAAAAAUCGCUUUGAGCCGCAUCUAGAGAGUAUACUGUUAAAUAAUCCCAUGUCAGUGGAAGGAAAGGAACGAGAAAAGCAAAGGGACUUGAAUAUGUUUUUCAGAAGUAAAGAAAUCUCUCACUGCUGUAGUCAGACGGGGAGACCCAUCAAUAAAACUGAUGUGGAUUAUUGUAGGCUCUCCUUGUUGGAAUUAGGCACCAAAACAGAUCUCUUGAUGUUCUCAUGGGCAUCUUUCAUCCGAGCAAGGCUUCUCCUCCAGCUUGUGCAGCCUCAGCAGGCCUCCUUUGUGCUGCAUAAGAAUCUAAAGGCCCAAGGGGAAAUCGAAGAGCAGCUGAAGGUUUUCAGACUGAAAGACACAAUUGAAAGCCACAUGGCAGAGAUGAUGGGAGAAGAUCUUUUGCCAGAACAUAUAAAAGAUGAAGGGGCUGCUGACACAAAAAGCACUCUGGCGCUGUCCACAUUCAGAAUGCCCUCCGAUUCCGAGUUUAAAGACAAGUGGUUCCAGAAAAUCGUCUCGCUCUACUCCUGCUAGAGGCCUAAUAAUGGGAUCAUAAAGCACCAGAAUUUAUAACCAGCUGAUCACCUUCAGUAACAGAAAUCCAGUUCUUGGGACAAAUACCGGACUAUUGUUCCCUUUGCUACAAUAGUCAAACAUUAGGGGGCAGAUUUAUUAAUGGUCAAAUUGAAAAUUCGAAUUUUUUUUUAUGGUCAAAAUUGUGAAUAAUCCAAACUCGAUUUGAAUUUAGAGAUUUAUCACACCGUGGCCCUUUAAGAACUCAAAUUCGACUAUUCGCCACCUAAAACCGUCCGAAUUCAUUUACAAGUCAAUGGGAGAGGUCCAAGGAACAUGUUACCAGCCUUCCUGACAAUCAAGUUUUUUUCUGAGAAAAAACUGCAUUCAAGUUUAGUUGAAUUUGAGUUUUCGGGUCGGUAAUAUUCGUUUGAGUUUUAGAUAUUCGAUUUUUUUAUUAAAUAACCCCCCGAACGAAUUUCGAGUAUAUUCAAAUUUUAUUAUUAAAAAUAAUUCACAUGAAUUUGAAAUUCGACCUCUGAUAAAUGUGCCUCUAAGAGAUGUAAACGUGUAAAUAUGAAAAAGUGUGUUAUUCUUAGUUGUCAUUAAAUCAAUGUUCUUUUCUA